AGAAUCACAAAUCAUUCCGCGACCUAACACAAUAUGACUUCUUUCAGCAAUAACACGCCGGCUAACGGUUUCGUGAAUACUAUGGACUCUGAUGAAUUUUUUCACCCAGAACUCAAGAACACUGACUAUGCAUAUACUCAUCAAUACAUGCCUCAGUAUCCACGAUAUCAUCAGGCCUAUUCAACUUCCCGGUUCGAUGUACCGUGCAAUUUGACACCCCCGCAACCUGAUAGGACUUCGCCGUACGACUUCACGUACUGCGGGGGUACUCCUAGGUACGGCCACAUAGCCAACGCACCUCUCGUACAAUAUCCUUAUGAUGUCAAUCACUGCAAUCAGAACUUUUAUCAACAUUCAAAUGUACUGCCUUGCAGGCCUGACUUGAACAGUUCAAGUACAUUUGUUGAAACAAAUGACUUUGACUCUAAUAAGAUAAACUCGCCGCCAUUUACUCCACCGAAUAACAGUCAAUAUGAAAAUGUUCCUGCAAUCAUAGUUCCUCCGACACCACCAGAAAGCAACACCUCUUCAACUGGGGUAAGUACCUCCCCAGUGGUUGAUCAAAAGACAGUUCCUAAUUCAACAGAAAACGUUUUCCCCUGGAUGAAAAAUUCAAGUGCUUCUUCAGGUACAAAACGAAGCCGACAGACGUACACACGUUUCCAAACUCUCGAGUUAGAGAAGGAGUUCCAUUUCAAUCAGUAUUUGACCAGACGACGGAGAAUCGAGAUAGCUCAUACUUUGGGCCUUACAGAGCGACAAAUCAAAAUUUGGUUCCAGAACAGACGUAUGAAAGCAAAAAAGGAAAACAAGUUCCCUUCUCCUACUUCCAGCUCCUUGGCCAGUCCAUCAAACUUGCUUAGUAAUCAAAACAGUAACUCAUCAGACACAGAAGUCACUCACACCAGUAGUAAUAUUUUGCAUAUGAAUGGGGGCCUCAGUAAUAUGAAUCCAGUGCAAAGCAAAGAUGGUCUCUUUUACUUUCCUCAGCAAGAUGUAGCGAGAUAACUUUAAAAUCUUUCUCGGUUUCUGGCAGACGGGAGAAAAAAAAUGUUUUCAAUUUUCGUUCCUUUGGAAUGAUAUAUUAUUUAUUUAUUUUUAACAGAGUGAAAUUCAUGCUCUCUUCAUAUAAGUUCUACAAAAAUAUAAUUUUCGUACUUUUUUAUAUUUGAACUCGAGGAAUAGCGAUGCAAGAAACAAUU